AUGAUAAAAAACAUUGACAAAAACAAAGUGAUUAUAGAUAGUGCUGACUCUAACUCACUUCCUUACGUUACAAGGAAUCGAAUCCCGAUCGGAGCAACUCUAGAAAAGCUUUUAUUUGGAAGAAUAACUGUUAUUGAUAAUGAGAUUACAAAAGGGUGUGAGUUGAAUUCGGAGAUUAUUGGUAAAGCGCAAGGUUUUCAUUUGGUUAGUUCUUUGGAUGGAAGCAGUCAAACCAUGGCAUUUAUAGCUUUGUUUGGUGAUGAAGGUCAUGAAGAUGAUGAUGCUAUUAGUUUCUUUGGAGUUCAUAGAAUGGCUACACAUGAAUCCUAUAUUGUUGUUGUUGGAGGAAGUGGAAAAUAUGAAAAUGCAAGAGGGUAUGCGAAAAUUGAGACGUUACAUUUACAUUAUGAUCAACACAAAAGUACUAAUGGGAUGGAAACACUUUUUCAGAUUACUGUCUAUUUAUGA